AAAUUUUAGCCCGGCCCAAUUGUCCAAUAAUCAUCACAACAAUUCCCAAAUUCAAACACAGACACACACACACACACACUUUGUUCAUCACCACCAGAUCUCAAAUCUCCAAUCAAUUUUCCGUUCAAAAUCAAGUGCAAUGGAGCACAAGGUUCAAGAGAUCUUGGAACAACAAGUGCUGACAGUAGCAAAAGCUGUAGAAGAAAAAAUCGACGAUGAAAUCGCAGCCCUAGAAAAGCUAGAUCUGGACGAUAUUGAGGUGCUGAGAGAACGCAGGCUGCAGCAGAUGAAGAAAAUGGCGGAGAAACGGAGCCGUUGGAUAUCGUUAGGUCACGGAGAGUAUACGGAGAUUUUCUCUGAGAAGGAUUUUUUUGCUAUUGUUAAGGCUAGUGAUCGUGUUGUUUGUCAUUUUUAUCGCGAGAAUUGGCCCUGCAAGGUAGUGGACAAACACUUGAGCAUAUUGGCGAAGCAGCACAUCGAGACCCGAUUCAUAAAGAUUCAAGCAGAGAAAAGCCCGUUCUUGGCAGAGAAGCUAAAGAUUGUUGUUCUUCCAACAAUCGCUCUUAUAAAAAACGCCAAGGUGGAUGAUUAUGUGGUGGGAUUCGAUGAGCUUGGUGGAACCGAUGAUUUUAGCACAGAGGAACUGGAGGAGAGGUUAUCCAAAGCCCAGGUUAUCUUUUUUGAAGGUGAAUCAUCUAUGAAACCGUCAAAGUCACAAACGAGAAACGUUCGACAUGGCUCUAACUCUAAUGGCUCAGAUUCUGAGUAAACGAAUUUUUAACUUUUUUUUUGCCUAUUAUAGUAGUGUUUCUUUUUUAAGUUUGUGGCUGUAUUGUUAUUAUUAUUAUCAUCAUCAUAUUAAUAUGGGUGUGUUAUCACUUUCUUAUUGAUAGGUGAUCAGGGUUAAAGAUUA